UUCCAGUCGUCACGCCGCCGCCGAGGACGACACCGUGAUGGAUCCGUACGCGUACCAGCAGCAAGUGCUGGUGCAACAGGAAGAGAAGCGGAAUCAGCAUCGGCAACAACAGCCGCAAGGUGCGAUGGGCAACAUGUACAUGCAGCAGCCGAUGCAUCACCCACAGCAGCAUAUGAACUACCCGAUGCAGCAGCAACAACCCAUGAUGAUGUACCCCAAUGACGUGUCGUUGGGGGCCUACGAUGCGUCAGGCUCGCAUCUCGCGAUGCCGGCCGACUAUGGCUACUACGACGCCCAAGCUCAACCGACGUCCCACCGGGCUUACCAUCCUGUCGCGGCAUCGUCAGGAGAGCCACAGAGCGGGAAACGCCACGCGCCCCGUAAUGCAUUUCCCGACUAUAAGACUCCCCCGCAGUUUUUGUACGUGAAGGACAAGACUAAUGGAACGACGUCUGUCGCGAGCACGGAGACGCAGAUGCGGAACCUACGUGUCGGCGAAGACACAGAUUCGGUCAAGUCGGAGCCUUCGUCGCAACAACAUGCACAGGCAUUGCCUGGCCAGAUCGACCUUGACAUGAACGUGUUGUCCAAGUUGCUGGGGAAGGACCCGUCGCAGAUCACGACCGACCAGAUCCGUAGCAUCUUGUCCAACCCGGACCUGCUCAACAUCUACAAGAAGCUCCUCGAAGAGGACCAGCGCAAGCAGAAGCGGCUGGCGCGUAACCGAGACUUGGCCGGCCAGCGGCGAAAACGCAGCAAGGAGCUCGUUGAGACGUACGAGGCGGAGGUGAAGGAGCUACAGAACAUCCUGGCCAAGUCCCUCGCCCACGAGUUCGGGCAAGGCGACAUCCAGACCCUCUUGGAAGCUCUCGGCGGUAUGCACCAUCACACGAUGCCGUUUCCGUGCCUGCUACGAUACACUAGGGGAACACAAGCAGAGCAUUACGCUGACGAAAGACGCCAAGCAUCAGGAAACAGCGUCGCUCUUGACGCAGCUCCUGCGCCAUGCCGUCGUCAUCAAAGAAGCCAACGAAGACAGCUGGAUGCUGGUCCUGGCUGCUUCGGACGACCCCGAGUUCGUCGACCUCAAGCUGGAACUCGGACUCACGGAUGCGCAGUGCCAGCAGCUGCUGCAGCUCGAGCCGGCGAUCCAUGUGGAAGCGACAUGCCUGGCCAUCGUGGAAAAGUGUGUCGCGGGGUUGAACGUGCAAGAGUGGCUCCACUUUCCAAAUACCGAGGUGCCCCGCCGUGCCCCUACACACUACAUUUUCAUGCGCGCGCUCUGUCUGUGCAGAACUUGUUGGAUUUGUUUCGCGGGCCCUUGAACGAUGCGCAGCUUCAAAAGUUUGUUCAGUGGACGCGUGCCAACCAGCGAGUGAUCCAGUUGCUGCAGUUUGCCAUGGCGAGCGAUGCCGACAAGGACGUGAUGUUUGAGUUUCCCGCCGAUCUGUAAAGGGACUUUUUGUGGAUACGCAUAUCGUUCGUGCAGAGUGACCCUCGGCCCCACGUCAAUGAAACGCGGACGGGAUCGCGGUGUGCUGCUUGUUCA